AAAGUGUAAUUUAGUGCAUUGAUUGUUUUUGUGAUGCGCGGGUGAAUCGAACGGUAUUAUGAAUGAGACCAGGCGGAUUUUGCGGAGGCAGCACUCGAUUCAUGGUGACGACAUGCCUGUUAGGGACGGCGCCAAAAGGUCCCUGAUAGGCGUCAUCGACGAUGGAACAAAGACAGUCAGAUUUGUGAUAUACGAAGCGGAACGGUCUGAAGAGCUAGCUGCGUACCAGCUGGAUAAAACUGAAGCUCAACCCCAGGAGGGAUGGUACGAACAGGAUCCUAAGGAGAUUAUACACCACGUCAAAGCUUGCGCCGAUAACGCAAUCGAGCAGUUAACUGAGUUAGGUUAUUCAAAGGAUGAUAUAUUAACGUUGGGCAUUACAAAUCAGAGGGAGACGACUAUAGCAUGGGACAAAUUCAACGGCGAACCUUUACAUCCCGCAAUAUCAUGGAACGACAUACGCACAGACAGCACAGUGGACGCCAUCUUGGCGAAAGUUCCGGACCGGAACAAGAAUUACUUGAAGAACAUAUCCGGUCUGCCGAUCAGCCCGUACUUCAGUGCGUUGAAGAUGCGCUGGCUGAAAGACAAUAUCAAGGCUGUGAGGCGAGCCAGCCGGGACAAAAGGUUGCUAUUUGGCACAGUGGACUCUUGGAUUGUAUGGAAUCUUACCGGCGGGCCUCACGGAGGUCUCCACAUAACGGACGUCACGAACGCAUCAAGGACUCUGCUCAUGAACUUAGAAACAUUGAACUGGGACCCUAUGCUAUGUAGGUUAUUUGGCAUACAUAGAGACUCAUUGCCACAUAUACACAGCAGUUCGGAAAUAUAUGGAAAAGUUAAAGAUGAUUCUAUAUUGAAUGGAAUACAAAUAUCAGGGAUUUUAGGUAAUCAACAGUCCGCCUUAGUGGGCCAGAACUGUCUACAAGCGGGUCAAGCGAAAAACACAUAUAGAAGUGGUUGUUUCCUUCUUUAUAACACUGGAACGCGACGCGUGCAGUCCACUCACGGGCUAUUGACCACCGUAGCUUAUAAGCUAGGACCCAAUGCACCCGCCGUUUACGCUUUAGAAGGAUCGAUCGCGGUAGCGGGCGGCGCUAUGAAAUUCCUCCGGGAUAACCUGAAGCUUAUCAAGGACGUGGCGCAGGACACAGAGCACAUUGCCGGGCAAGUGUUCUCCACCGGGGACGUGUACUUCGUACCCGCACUCAACGGGCUGUACGCACCGUAUUGGAGGAAGGAUGCCAGGGGUAUAAUCUGUGGCCUAACUGCGUUCACCACGAAGAACCACAUAAUAAGAGCAGCACUCGAAGCAGUUUGCUUCCAGACCAGGGACAUCCUCGAGGCAAUGAACAAAGACUGCGGUAUGCCGCUAUCGAAACUGCACGUUGACGGCAAGAUGACAUCCAAUGACUUGCUGAUGCAACUCCAAGCUGAUCUGGUUGGGAUUCCUGUGUUGCGCGCCCAAUCGUGGGAUAUGUCAGCGCUGGGCGUGGCAAUCGUGGCCGGCCAUUCCGUUGGCGUCUGGAGCUGCGAGCGAUGGCGCCACCACGCCACCCCGGCCGACACCUUCUUGCCCACCACCACUGAUGAUGACCGGGACGCUCGAUACACGAAAUGGAAGAUGGCUGUGCAACGCUCCCUCGGCUGGGCGUCCACCAAGAAGUCCAUCACGAUGACAGAAGAAAGAUACAGCUUGCUAGCUUCGAUCCCAGCGACUCUGUACCUGAUUGGUAGCUUCACUAUGCUAGUCGUUUCUAGUAUACUUAAGGAUAGUUGAUUUUGAGCUUUAUUGUCUAGUGAUAAGUGACAAUUUACAAUUUGUUAUAUUUCCCCACAACGUUCUAAUCGGUGUAACGUUGUGUUGCAUAUUAUACAGGACUGCGUCAUAAGCAAAAUGUAAUUUCUAAACUGUACGAAAUAAUUCGCCUAUAGUGAUCUUAUAUAACUUGAAGGGCGUGAUAUAACCACUGUACAGCUUAAAUAAGAUCCGAUUUCAUUGUCAAACGCGAUCAAGGAAGCUUAAUGUUCAGAGUGGAAGUGUUUUUUUGACGUUUGAACGUAACGUGGUUUUAUUCAACUUGGUUUCCAAUUUAUUUUACUUCACGAUCUAUUAUUACAAAAUAUGAUCUGAGGUCAAAUAUGUUAAGUCAAAUUCAAAAUGUUUCAAAGUGUGUGUGUCAAAGAAAAAAAUAUGCAUUUCUUAAGUUGUAUAGUGGUAAUAACGUCUUAAAACUAUAUAUAUACAAGAGCAAUUAUUUGUGUCGGAUAGCUUAUUCACAUAUUUUGUCGUUGUGAUUUUACAUUAAGUUAGAAAGUGGCAAAACUUACGGUUAGGUUUUCGACACUUGUCAGUGGGUGGUGAAAAAGACCUAUAUUACUUCGUUCGGAUUGGGAAUUACAUUGAAAUUAAUAUUAAGCGAUAAUUGAGAAUUGUUUCUUUUUUUCUUAAAUGUGAUGUAAUUAUGCAUGAACCGUUACAUACAGGUAGGGUCAUGUACAGCAAUCGUAACCUUGAUACCAUGCCCCUAAACUUUCCAUUUGUAUUUAUUCAUUAAGUUUAUUAUUUUUCAAAUAAAUACAUUAACUUAUUUCAUUUCCUUCAUAUUAAAAGUGAAUAGGCAUUUUCUAGGUAUCUAGGUCUCUUGCAAUCGACAAGAGAUUGGGACGUCAGAGUUAAAUAUAACUUAUUCCAAUUGAUUUAAAGAUCAAAUUUGCCCAUCACAAUUUAACAGCCUAGUGCUUUUAGCAGAACUUUUGUAAAGUAACGUACAACGGAAUUUGCAACUUUAAAACUAAAGGCGUUAGGUCUAUUUUGCGCAACGAUUGCGAGCCUGCAAACCUUACGUACUAAGCGUACAGGCGUGAUUGCAAUUUGCAAUCGACCGCUGGGGGUCUUACUUCUACUAUCUUGUGAAAUGCCCCUAAGUCGAUUAUCUCAAUAUAAUAAAUGUGUCACCGUUAUCGUCAAACCAUUUUUUAUUCCAAUACAUUUAUCCAGUAAAAUAACUAUGUAAAACAAAAUGCUCAAAGAUAUUUAUUUAUUAGUUUGUACAAGACUAUUAUAUGUCGCCCGGGCUAUGUCAAUAAACAAUCUGAUCCAAAAAUUUCAAAUAUAGAACCAUCCUAAUAGAAAGGGAAGCGUAAGCAAAGGAUAGCAAUACUAAGUUCAAUCUGCGAUUUCGAAUAAGUUUGUUUAUUGACAUAGCCCGGGCUACAUAUAAUAGUCUUAGUCUGACAUGUCUCAAUAAAAAUAUGCAUUACAAAAUAUAGAAAGUGCAAGUGAAAUGUACGUGAACGUUUUCUGAACUUCGUUCAAUAUAUACUUACCUAAUGUAUGUAUAUAUAUCGUUUUUUUUUGUAUGUAUAUAUUGGGGUUCGCUUACACUCCUUUAUUUUGGAUGCAUGGAUAGAUAAUGAUUGAAAUAUGAGCUUUAUGUCACACAAAAAAGGUGGAAUUUAAAGGAGGUGGACAACAAGUGACCCACCCGGCAUACUUCCAGCACAAAAAUACUGAAAAAAUUGCUUUAUGCUUCUUAGCAUAAAGCCCACAUUUUAAAUUCAUUAACUGAUUGACAUUGACACUGACUGAUAGACACUGACACUCUAUGUAUUCUUUUUCUUAUCAUGCAUAGCUUUUUAUAAUAAUACUGAAAUAAUUCCUAUGAAGAUUAGUUUCGCAUUUUGAACUUUAUUAGCAUAAUCAUUUAUAUUUAUUUGGAUUUUUUGUGAUAUUGUUUUUUUUUUUACAUAAUUUAUUUGGUAAGAUUUGUUUUGUACAAUUUUUUUUACUGUACUUAAGUGGUGUUAUUGGAUUAUUUGGUCCCAAUGUUAUAUAUAUUUUGAUAGUGCGCAAGCAAUCUAUUCUAAGAAACCACGGGGAUUUUUCAUUGGUUGGAUAAAGCACGAUUUAAUAAGCAACCUGUACUCAAUUUAUAGCUCAGUAUACCAAAGUAUAACUUGAGUAGGUGGGGGGCAAGAAUUAAUAUAUUUAUUGACAAUUGUGAUACGAAACGCUAAGGUGUAGAUGUUUUUACCUACGUUUACUUAUUCAAUCGCGUGAAACUUAAAUGCGAUUUGUAUGGAAUCGAAAAACUCCAUCUAGUAAAAAUACUGUUGCUCAGUUCACAGAUACAAAUCGUAGUUAACUUUCUCGCUAUCGAAUGAGUAGUCUUAAUAAUUUUGGCAUACGUUUUAGAUCUCACCCGCAUUCCAAACGCGUUAAUUCAAGACCAAUGAAAAUGGUUCAAUAAUGUAACCCUUUCAAAACCUUUAUAAAAUAACUCAUUACCCCGUGAACUCAUGCAAAGAUUUGGAUAAAGAGCGGUUUGAUAUAGCGUUCCCAAAUACUACCGAAACCGGUUAAAUCUAAAUAAACAGUUAUAGCCAAUCAAAAGGGCACUUUGAAGACAACAAGCGUUCAGUUUAAUCAUCUGUUUUGUUCCUACCAUUAUUUACGUAACUGUAAUUUUUGUUAAUUAUUUAUUUAUUACAAUAAAAUUUAAUAUAAGGAAUGAUAACAAUUUUAUGGGAAUUGUACCAAUUUUUAUUUCUAUCCACUGCUAUUCUAUAAAUUUAUUAUUAAAUCAUUUUAAUUCAAGUGCAUUGAAAUAAAGCAUUUAUUGUUGG